AUGGGACCCUUACAACGUGAGGCAUUGAGUUCAAAUCCAUUUGGGCACUAUAUAGACAUGCCCAAAUUGGGGCACAGCUUUGCAAAGGUACAUAAUUUGUUGAUGAGAUAUAGUGUUGAUUCCAAUGAAUUUCAGUUCGGGGAUAGAAAAAGUCCGAUUGCUGUCCCGUUUGAUCCGGUAGAAUUUUCUACAACGCUGGGAUUAUACAAUGACGGACAGGCAAUUGACAUCAAUCUGAAAACCGACGCCUCUUGUCCUAUUGUUACUAACCUCUUCGAUGGAGAUCUUAAAAAUGCGAACCGAAAUCGUAUUGCUACUAUGCUGGAAGAGUAUGCAUAUAAUGAUGAAAAAGUGGAAGACUUCAUUCAAGAGGAGAAAUUUGGUGGCCGAAAUACAUUUGCAGUUGGUGAUUCGUCGAUGGAUACCUCUCGUCUUCAGGAUAAAGAAAACCAAAUUGCAUUGUUGAAGAAAACCAUCAAAAAAUUGAAGCAAAAGAUAAAGAAGAAGACAUUCGAAAGAAGGAAAAAAGUAACAAAGGUCAAAAGAACAGCAAGAAAAAAGAAAGCCAAGGAUAGAGUAGAUCGGGAGGAGGUCACUGAAGAUCAAGAAGGGGAUGUGGUACAAGAAAACCAGGAGGGAGACAGCGAAGAAAAGAAAGAAGAGGAAAAGGGUAACGGUGGAGAAGAAGCGGAGAAAGCGGGGGAGAUGGUCACCGAAGAUGAAGGGGACGGGGUACAAGAAAACCAGGAGGGGGAAAGAGCAGAGGACGAAGUCAAGAAAGAAGAGGAAAAGUACAACGAUGGAGAAGAAAAGGAAAAAGCGGAGGAGAUGAAUAAUCUUGACACCACCACACGUAACCUAUGUGCGGAAAUACUCUAUGAUUAUUCAGAUGAUGAAAAUGAAAAAGAAGAUGAUAACGGGGAACAGACACUGGUUGUCUACAGUCCUCCAUGCAUGCAUAUAUGGUUUUGCUGUACACGAUAUACUUCGAUAUUGUACAUGAUAUACAACCUAUGUGCGGAAAUACUUCAUGAAGGCGAAGAUGAUGAAAAUGAUCAUAACGGGGAACAGAGGAAUGAGGACGAUGGAGAUAGACAGGCACUUGUUGUCUACACUCCGUCAUCCAUGAUUAAGAGGAUCAGACAGAGAGGUGACCGCGUGGUGAAGAGAAAGGAGCUUGAUUUUGUCACUCCGAGAUCCACCAAAAGGCAACGGAGAGAACGUCGACGUGGACGGGAACAUGGUAGGGGGCGCGUUAGUCCUUUAUCAGUUGAAAUUGCAGAUGUCAUGGAUGAUUCACUUACACCGUAUAAAGGGCAACUCGGUUACACAGGGCGGGUUGAGAUUCAAGAUCGGAAAAGAGCAGUCAUUGAUGAAAUUUAUCAAUUAAUAAUGCGAGUCACCUCGCAUAAUAAAUUCAUCAAUGACCGCUCUUUUCCGAUCUUGAAUCUCAACCCGCCUUGUGUAACCGAGUUGCCCUUUAUACUGUGA